GCCAUGUUUCUUCCAACUUGUUUUAUGUUUAUGUGACCGAGCUGUGACUGUGGAGAGGCGGACAAACUGAGAAGUGACAGAACCGCAGUGAAGACAGGCGGCUCAGAGCUCCAGGAAACACUUUAGGGUGUGCAGCCUGCAGCUGAAAAAGAAGAUUUGUACUCAGAGUGCCCAUCACCAUUAAAUAAAGGUGACUCAGACACAAAGCCAGAUAUGUCUGAGGACGACACAAAGCUGAUGAAGCCCCUAUCAAGCUUCACACCUGAGCUGCAACCUGAAUCUGCAAAAAUCUCAUACAGGUUCAGGUUUCCUGGACCAGGUGGGUUCCAGUGUACUACAACUGGACUGGUGUUUGUUCUGACUCAGGAGGCAGACCUGCACUACAGGACUGUCCAAUGGGAUGACAGUCUCCUCCAAUCAGCUGGCAAGAUUCCUGCAGGGCCACUGUUCAAACUCCAGUGUCCUGAGGAUGCUGUCUGUCAGCUCCACCUACCACACUGUGAAACAAAGGAUGCUAAAGACCAUCUGUGUGUCGUCCACAUCAGUGACGAUGGAAUGAGUAUCAUCAAACCGCUGGAGGUCACAGACACUCAUGUGAUUAUCAAAGUCCCUCAUCUCUCUGCCUUUGGUGUAGUCCGGUCUUUGGAAGUUCUGUGGAAAUUUUUGGAGACUCCGGAUCCAGUUGAUGGCCAUGUUUUUCUGUACCUCCGACCAAUAAACCCACACACACAGAUGCAAUACAUCAAUGUGCAUCUCGUGUCAAGCAACGUCCCUCUGGAAGAGGUGACCAUAAGACAGUCAGGUUAUGUGAACAUUCCGGUACCUUCCAAAUGCAAAUUCAUUGAAGAUCGAAAUUACAGUGUUCAGUGUCUGCCGACGGCCUAUAAAAUACAGCCAAAGAAGUCAGAGUUUGACCUGGAUUUUGGACCAAAUUACCACCCAACGUUUGAGAUCCGCCUGUCUGCAAGCACACAGCAAGUGACUAUAAUGGUCCAAGAUGAAAACAAUACAGAAGUCUGGAAGCAAGAUGUUGACAUUACUGGUCUUGGUCCAGCAAGGAUUCCAGGUUUCUGACAUGGGCUCUGAGUGUCCCACCAGAAAAGAAGUUGCAGCCUGUUUGGACAGUGUCUGAACCUGUUUUACGUAGGCUGCUGGAUAAACCGGGGCAGACAGCGCUGGAGUGGUGAUUGUUACAGUUCUAAGAAAAGGAUCACAAGCAGGUUCAGCUCUGAUUGUUCCUGUCUGUGAGGGGGAUUCAUGCCUUCAACAGAGCUGAACUUAACAUGAAGUGUGUAUCACGGUAUUUGUUUCGCACAGACACAUCUUUAAUUCUUACCUUUUAAACUUUUUCUCUAAUUUUUUAAGAAUGUUUGGUAAAAACCUUAAAGCACACCAAGCAUGAAUCAGGUUUACCUGUACUGUACUGGUACACAUGACAAAUUCAAUAUAAUGUGUAUUUCCACAGCACAAAUUACAUCAGCUCAACAAUAGACUCGUGUCACAGAAGAGGUUUAAUUUGGAGGUGGACCUCCAACCUGCCAAAUUCAUUCCUGUGCCUCUCAAAAAUCUUCUGUACAUCUCUGUUUGAGUUCUACAUCAACACCAUAUUCUUGAGAUUUAACUUUUUUGUAUGUAGGCAGGAAUUUGUUUCCUGUAUUGUACAUUAUUUGUGCUGUCUUAAAAUCACACCAGAUCCAUCCUUUAAAUCGUGUGUCUCUAAAAACAGCAUGUUAAUGUAGCACUGAACGAUACAGUGUAAAGCACUUAAUGAUUCAGAAUGUGCCUUGUUUUUUUGCAGAACUGCAAUGCACCUUGCCAACUUUACUCACACAAAUAUGAGGUCUCCUGCAGAUUUUGUGGCUCAAUAUCACACCCAAAAAUGUAAUUUAAUUAACUUUCAUAUCCUAUACAGUAUACGAUAUUAAACUUGUCUACUUAUUACUUAAUACACAUGUAUCUUUCACAAUUUCUUAACAGCAUAAGCUUGGUUUUGUUCGAAUUAAAAGAUCAUUUGUGUCAAA